UACGCCUUUGGUUGCCUAGAAGAGAUCGCUAGUGAUAAGGCCGAUAUCGUUCGGCAAAAUUGGACUGCAUUCGGCACGCUGCCACUGCCUAAGAACAAAUAAUAAUUGCAAUUAUUAGCACUAAAAAAAGUUGCUAUUUUGGUUUUAAGCUUCUGAUCUGUGACUAAGUGUAGUAUUUAAUCUGUGGGUUUUUACGUUCAUUUGAGUAUACUUGAUCUGAGGUUUCUGUCGACGGUUUUCUAACAUUGCUAAUUUAAUCUUUUAACUAUUCAUACCUUUUUUUGAAUUAAAACAUAAAUGGAAUUAGCACGUAAAAGUGGUUUUGUGUUUUGCAAGCGAAGAAUUAAAAGCUAUUACGGUGCGUUUACAUAUUGUUCCGAGGCGGCGGGCUGGGAGCGGCGCGUGGUGUCGGGGCUGCAGCCCACGGGCGCGCUGCACGUCGGGAACUACUUCGGCGCCGUGCGGCGCUGCGUGCGCCUGCAGCAGGCCGGCGAUGACCUCACGCUGUUUAUAGCAGACCUGCACGCGCACACCGUCCCGCAGGAUCCUGAGCUGUUGCGCCGGCGCAGCUUGGAGGCGGCGGCCUUCCUGCUGGCCAGCGGCGUGGACGCGGAGCGCGGCGUGCUGUUCCUGCAGUCGGGCGUGCCGGCGCACGCGCGCCUGUGCUGGCUGCUGGCGUGCCUGGCCACGCAGGCGCGCCUGGCGCACCUGCCGCAGUACCGCGAGCGCGCCGCCGCCGCGCGCGACGUGCCGCUGGGCCUGCUGCUGUACCCCGUGCUGCAGGCGGCCGACGUGCUGGCCUACCGCGCCACGCACGUGCCCGUGGGCGCCGACCAGCUGCAGCACCUGCAGCUCACGGCGCAGCUCGUGCGCACGGCGCACCACCGCUUCGGCCGCCUGUUCCCCACGCCCGCGCCGCUGCUGCCCGAUGACGGAAGCGAUCGCAUUCGUAGUUUGCGCGAUCCCGCAAAGAAGAUGUCGAAGUCAGACACGGAUCCCAAAUCUAGGAUAUUGCUGAGCGACACUGACGAUGAAAUCAGGGUGAAAAUAAAGAAAGCUGUGACAGAUUUUACACCCGAGGUGAGCUUCGAGCCGGCGACGCGGCCCGGCGUGGCCAACCUCGUGACGCUGCACUGCCUGGCCGCCGACAAGCUGCCCGAGGAGGCCACGGAGGAGGCGGCGGGGCUCAGCACGGCGCAGUACAAGCGCGUGGUGAGCGACGCGCUGUGCGGCGCGCUGGCGCCCGUGCGCGAGCGCGCGCGGCGCCUGCUGGCGCGGCCCGAGCUACUGCGCGAGCUGCUGCGCCACGGAGCCGCGCGCGCGCGCGCCCGCGCGGACCCCGUGUACGGCGAGGUGGCGGCGCGCCUGGGACUCACGCCCGCCACGCCGGCCAGCGCGCUGCCGGCCGCGCUGCGCCUGCGCUAGAGGCGGUGCUGCGCCA